AUGGAGGUGCCGUUGCGUGAUCUGAUGCAAAUUGGGGGGAUCGCACUGAUGGCCAGUGCGUACCGUGUGGUGGCGAUAGGGUUCCCUGACCUGUCAGGGUUGUUCAGGGAAUCGGGGAGCCGUGCCCAUGGUUACUGCUGGAGGCCGCACGCCCGCACUAGGUGGCUGCACACGCCGUCAUUUGCGACGGUGUCUCCGCAUGAGGUUUCCGGUUCCAGCCCCGCGGAAGUGCAGAAUUUUGUGCAGGGCAGUUGGAUAGCAUCUGCUAACUGGAACUGGAUAGUUGAUCCCUUGAACGGUGACAAAUUCAUCAAAGUUGCUGAGGUUCAGGGAACAGAAACAAAGCCAUUUGUGGAGAGUUUAUCUAAAUGCCCAAAGCAUGGACUUCACAACCCACUUAAAGCUCCAGAGAGGUACCUCAUGUAUGGAGAUAUAUCUGCAAAAGCUGCGCAUAUGCUGGGCCAACCUGCAGUCUCAGAUUUCUUUGCUAAACUUAUCCAGAGGGUAUCUCCAAAGAGCUACCAACAAGCUCUUGCAGAAGUUCAAGUUUCUCAAAAGUUUUUGGAAAAUUUUUGUGGAGAUCAGGUACGCUUUCUGGCGAGUUCAUUUGCUGUACCUGGCAACCAUCUUGGACAAAGAAGUAAUGGCUACCGUUGGCCAUAUGGCCCAAUGGGAAAUAAACCAGUACUCAAGGUUGACAGCAAGGUUAGCAUUGUGAUGGAACAAAUGAUUAGGUUGCUUCAUGAUUGUGGAUUGCCAGUGGAGGAUAUGGAUUUCAUAAAUUCUGAUGGUGUCACAAUGAACAAGCUUUUGUUAGAGGCUAAUCCGAAAAUGACCCUUUUCACUGGGAGCUCAUGGGUAGCAGAGAAAUUGGCUGCUGAUUUGAAAGGCCGAGUCAAAUUGGAGGAUGCUGGUUUUGAUUGGAAAAUUCUUGGUCCAGAUGUUCAAGAGGUUGAUUAUGUUGCAUGGGUUUGCGAUCAGGAUGCUUAUGCUUGUAGCGGUCAGAAAUGCUCUGCUCAGUCUGUUCUAUUCAUGCACAAGAAUUGGUCUUCUAGUGGUCUGCUUGAGAAAAUGAAGAAACUUUCUGAAAGAAGGAAGCUUGAAGAUUUAACAAUUGGUCCAGUCCUUACAGUUACUACAGAAGCCAUGAUAGAGCACAUGCACAACCUUCUCAAAAUACCAGGAUCGAAGGUUCUGUUUGGUGGUGAACCGCUGGCGAAUCACUCAAUUCCCAAAAUUUAUGGUGCCAUGAAGCCUACUGCUGUGUUUGUUCCUCUAGAAGAAAUUCUAAAAAGUGGGAACUUCGAGCUUGUGACAAAGGAGAUAUUUGGUCCAUUCCAGAGUUAA